CUCUUCCUUGACGGAUUAACUGACUGAGUCGGAUAAAGACAUUUAUUUUAGUUCUUUAAUUAGUGUAAAUGCACAUUUGUUUGUUCUAAGCACAAAUACAUUUUUUUAAUUAAUGAACUCUUUCAUGAGAAACUUGAACUGUGACGGUUACAACUGGCUCUACUGACUCAACAUGAGAUGUGGAAACGAGAAAAGACUUUUCACUGUUGUAAAGUAACAGAUUUACUCUUAACAACUACAGCCUUGGAAAGGAUUGAAAAAUAAAAGAAAUCAAACGCUAUUGUUUGUACACAGUGCUUUGUCCGACAUAUGCAAAUGUACAACUGUUUUAAAUGCCUUCUCGGCCUCAAACGUGGAAUCGCUGUUGCAAUGAAAUUAGUCGAUUGUGCCACCUGCCAUGAACAUUUACCCUUAAAAGCAAUUCUGUUUCAGAAGUCGCAUAUUUUGAAUGGAAAAGGAACGUGGGGUGAACUCGCCGCUUUCGUUGUAAUCGAAGUGUAAAAGCGACGUAGCGACAGUUGAUAUUUGGAUCAAUCUUUCACCCAGCCAUUGGCUUCCGCCCGUGGAAGGUGACGUCGAGACGUGUCACUUAAAGUACCUUUCUACCCAAAUCUCACGCCGAGUGAGCACUGACUUUCCCGCGUACUCUCUCGCGUACCAUGGCGAAACACAACGAAGAAAAAGCCACCUAUUUGCAAAAGUUCACCAUUGCGGUGUUUGGAGACUCCGGAGUCGGUAAAACAUCUGUUAUCAGUCGACUUGUGGGAACAGCGUUCAAUCUCGAACAUCUACCCACUGUUGAAGAUUUUCACGUCAAGCAUUUAGCUUACAAGAACAAAACCUGUGAACUUCAGAUCAUCGACACCUCAGGAACGUAUGAAUUCCCAGCCAUGAGACGCGUUGACAUGGAAAAAGCAGACUCCAUUGUCUUGGUUUAUUCUAUGGACCGACCAGAAUCAUUUACAAAGAUCGAACGCUACAUGGACGAAAUUAAGGAGAGUAACAACGCCACGCAGAGUGACAAACCUGUUGUGGUGAUUUCAAACAAAUCCGACCUCUCCCACUUGUCGCCACCAAAGUUUGUGGACAAACGAGGUUUAAAUAUUAGCGUAGGGAUGUAUUUAGAGGGCAAAUAUGGUUGCCAUUGGUUCGACUGUUCAGCCAAGCUGAACGAAAACGUUGAGGACAUAUUUCAGAAAGUGUUGGAAUACUUAUUCGACAACGGGAGUACUAAGAGCAAAAAUGGUCGUGCACGACCUCCUAUUAGAAAGAUCAGUUCACUUAUUCACCAAAAAAUCAAAAUAUCUCGAUAAUGCAUUUACUAGUUCAUAAAUCCUUCACAACAUUAGACAUGCUUUAUUUUGCUUAUUCAUUUUCUUUGAAUUCAUAUUGGUCUGUUUACAAUUGUUCAAAAGUGGUUUAAUGCGACGUAUAUUAAUUUUUUAAUCAUCACCCGACAUUGUACUCAGCCUUUAAAAGUAUUUAUAUUGUUUUGAAAUAAUGAGAUUUUAUCCUAUUUAUUUUUCAUCGCAUAGCUAGUAUUAUUUGCAUGGGGUUUCGAACAAGAGGAUGUAUUCUCUGGUUUCGAACUGAGAUAUUAAUUAGUGAUUCGCAAUUGGAACGUGAUUAAACGCCCCAAAAUGUAUUUUUUAUUUGGUGGAAAGAAGCAGGUGCUAACAAUUUACUUACAUAAAAUAUAUGUAAAGCACGUAUAGAAAUUCUAGAAAAUAUUCAUAAUUGACAUUUCAACCGUUCAAUAUAAGGAUUCCUGUCUUUUUCGCCGGAUCAAUUGAUCCUGAGUUGUUGUAAAUACAAUUGAAAAUGAAUAUUUUAUGUAAGUAGGAAUUAGAAGAAAUCUCUCCUUUCUUUUUCAAUUUUUGAUUUAAUAAGAAAUUAAAUGUUUUGUUACUCGA